AAUUGCACACUGUUUUGAAACGGUAAGCAACUCCUCACUUACCUUCCUUCUUUUUUUAUGAUUUGGGUUAUUGUAUUCAUUGAUUUGUGUAUCUAAUCAGCCUUGUUUUGUAUAAUAAAUAUAGAAUGAUUAGACUAAAUAACAAAUCCUUGCAUGCACCUUAUUGAUUUGUUUGACUCUUGAAAUAAUGGGGUUCUUGGUUGUUAGGUAAUGAAGUUUUUCUUCAUAAAUCAGGAGGAAAAAUAAGGACUUUUUUUCAAUCCAAGAAGAAGUUGGGUUGCUAAAAAGAUUAAAAAAAAAAAAAAGUUUGAUGUUUUGCUUGAGCACCUUGAUGUUUGGUCUGCUUUGAGCUUGUGAUAAAAAGUGAUUCUUUGUUGAAGGCUUGUUGUUAAUGUGUUGUUGAAUGAGUCUUUUGGAUAAAGAAGGAUCAAAUUGGAAUAGAAGAGUACAAGAUGCUUAACAGGGUGUAAUAAUUCUAGCAUAUAUCUUAUUGGAUAGUGAUUCCCCUUGAAAUACAAGUUUGGACUUUGGAUCCAUAUUCUCUUAUGUCAUAAAUAGAUUAAACCAUUUUAGCUACCUUGUUUUCUCUUCUAAGUGACUUAUUCUGGUUCUUGAAACCUUGUCUUGGCUUAAACAGUGCUGAGUUUUACUUUUAGGGAUUUGAAUUUGGAUUAGUGGUAGGAGAGGAAGUAGUGAUGGAAGAGAUGUUACCAACACUUGCUGUAUCGUAUAAACAGGGAAAAUUGAUAUAUGAUGAAUCAGUACUACCGACAUGUGUGGACUUCGCUGGAUAUGAGCUGGUAUCAGAACCAAAGAAGAGCAAGCUUCCCCCAGUGCCCGUUGCCAAUGAUAGAGUGCCAAGGGACAAUGCUAACCUUAUGACAGUUGCAGACUGCCAUGAAAUCAGUAAAGGAAACAGUUUUUCUUCGACAAUAGUAGCUAGUGGGAAUUGUUUGAUUGCUGCUGAUCCAAACAACGAUAGAUCUACGGACAACAAUUUGAUUUCACCAACUGAUGAGAUUUUAGGAAAUAUGACUUGUUCUAAUUCUCUAGUGGAUGAAGACAAGAAGGUUGGUGUAUCCCAGACUCUAAGGAAGUCUUAUUCAUGUGAUUUGGCUAAGGAGUUGGUUAAUGAGUCAGAACUUGUAAGUGAUCUUGUUUCCACUGGAAUGAACAUUGUGGUUACGGGUGCUGAAGAUUAUAAAAGAAAAUUAUCACCAUCCCAUCAUGUGUCCUCGCAUGAGAUAAAGAUAAGUAGGCCAAAUGCCCUUUGUUUUGAUUCUGUGCCACUUUGGGGGAUCACCACGAUUCAAGGAAAGAGGCCUGAGAUGGAAGAUACUGCUAUAGCUUUACCGAGGUUUCUGAGAAUCCCUUCUCAAAUGUUGAUGGAUGCCCCGGUUUCUCAUGCCCUGAGUCAAACACUUACAGCCCAUUUAUAUGGGGUUUAUGAUGGACACGGAGGCUCUCAGCAGGUUGCUAAGUAUUGUCAUGAGCGUCUCCACAUGGCUUUAGCACAGGAGAUAGAUAUAAUGAAAAAGGAUUCAAAUAAUGGAAGUAUUAACUGGAAGGAGCAAUGGUCAAAGGCUUUCUUGAAUUGUUUUUGUAGAGUCGAUGAUGAGGUAGGAGGAUUCAGUAGUGAAACAGAUGAGCCUGACCUUGCAGCUAUUGCUCCUGAAGCAGUUGGAUCUACAGCUGUAGUUGCUGUUGUUAGUCCAACCCACAUUAUUGUUGCGAAUUGCGGUGAUUCAAGGGCAGUCCUUUGUCGGGCAAAAUUACCCAUGCCAUUAUCUGUUGACCAUAAACCAAAUAGAGAAGAUGAGUGUACACGAAUAGAAGAACUGGGAGGAAAGGUCAUUAAUUGGGAUGGACAUCGCGUUUCUGGUGUUCUUGCAGUUUCAAGGUCAAUUGGUGAUAGAUAUUUAAGGCCUUAUGUGAUUCCAGAUCCAGAAAUGAUGUUUGUACCCAGAGUAAAAGAAGACGACUGUCUAAUUUUAGCAAGUGAUGGCCUAUGGGAUGUCUUGACAAAUGAAGAAGCUUGUGAUGUGGCACGGAGACGAAUUCUUCUCUGGCACAAAAAGAACGGUGGUACUUUGACUAACGAAAGGGGUGUAAACGUCGAUCCUGCUGCUCAAGAUGCUGCAGAGUACCUGACGCGACUUGCUCUCCAAAGGGGCAGCAGAGAUAAUAUAUCUGUGAUUGUGGUCGACUUGAAGGCGCAGAGGAAAUUCAAGAAGAAAACGUAGCAGUAAGUUAUCCUCGUUAGUUCCUAUUUCAUUGUGUGGAUGUAAUAUUUGGAAGUUACAUCCAACCAUGAUAAUCAAAUUAAAUAGUACUCAUAUUCCAGGUUUUAGCAACCUUUUUAGGUUAUUUAUGCACAGGAUUAGCUAUAUUGCAGUUAAUAUUACUAAUGUUGGAGUAAACUGCGACGAAGUUGUUCUGACAAUAAAAACUCAGCAAAGUUUGUUCAAAGAACAACUACUGACUUCCAGCAGAUCAUUUAUCUCACUGCAGUGUAAUGUGGUUCAUGUCUUGAAGAACACUCACCGAACAGUCUUUUGUAAAUGACUAGCCAAGUAGAAAUGUUGUUCAAGUAAUGUUAAUGGGCUUUGUUGUUUUCA